AUGCUCUUCCUAGUUCUUCUAGCAUUGCUCUCGAUAUCUACUUGCCAUGCUCAUAAAGAAACCACGAUUCACGAACUCAGAAUCGCAUUUAACCAAAACCGACUCAACUCAAGGCAACUCGUCGAGUUCUAUCUUGGUGAGAUCAAUAAACUCAACCUGAUAUUUAAAGGGGUCCUUGAAGUGAACCCAGAUGCCCUAUAUGAAGCAAAUAGAGCCGACAGGGAGCGGGCAGCUAACGUGCCUCGGUCCCUGGUCGGCUUGCAUGGCAUUCCUGUCCUUCUCAAGGACAAUAUUCCCACAAAAGAUAAACUUAACACGACAAGUGGUUCGUUUGCACUGCUCGGGUCCAUCGUGCCCCGAGAUGCAGGGAUUGUUUCAAAGUUGCGGAAAUCCGGAGCGAUUAUAUUGGGGAAGGCUACCUUGAGCGAGUGGUCUAAUUUUAGAUCUCUGAGUGCACCUAGUGGUUGGAGCCCGAGAGGUGGACAAGGAAAGAAUCCAUUCGUUCUGUCAGCAACUCCAUGUGGCUCGAGUAGCGGACCAGCAAUAUCAGUGGCGGCUAAUAUGGCGGCAGUGUCAAUAGGAACCGAGACAGACGGGUCUAUCUUAUGUCCCGCUAGCUUCAAUUCAGUGGUUGGUAUCAAACCUACUGUCGGUCUCACUAGCCGAGCCGGGGUCAUCCCGGUUUCUCCGUCACUAGACACCAUUGGGCCGAUAUGUAGGACCGUGUCAGAUGCGGUUUAUGUUCUUGAGACCAUCGUGGGAUUCGACUACAAUGAUCGUGAUGCUACUAAAAAAGCAUCGCAAUACAUCCCGUAUGGUGGAUACACUCAGUUCCUAAAGGCUGAUGGGCUCAAGGGGAAGCGAAUCGGUGUUGUUAGAAACCCGUUCUUCGUGUUCUCUAAUGGAUCAAACUUACAUCAAGUAUUUGAAAAUCAUUUGCAAACACUAAGGUGCAUUUUAUUAAAAUCGUAA